UUCGUUCGCAUCCUUUUUGUCUACGCACACAUUGUGAGCACGUUGUGUUUGGUGUAGAAAUAGGUUUAAACCGUAAAAAUGUCGUCGUCACUGAACUGGAUGAUCAUCCGCAACAACAAUGCAUUCCUUGUGAAGAAGCGCAAUAUCAAAAAGCCGUUCAGCAAGGAGCCGAACAAUGUGACUAACCUCCACUCCUUCAGGUACAACGGCUUGAUUCACAAGAAAGCUGUUGGUGUCGUGGAGAACCCUGACAGGAAGGGAUUCACAGUAGUGUACAAGAAAGCAAAGGCUACCAGAAAGCCCGCUAAAAACUUAAUCCGCCGUCCAUUCAAGGCUGGUGCCAGGAGGUCACUGUACAAAGUGAAGAGGUUGUUAAAGGCUAACCACUACCGCACAGACUUAUGCAAGGCUACCCUUCGUCGUGCUUCAGCCAUCCUCCGCUCCCAGAGGCCCAUUAAAGCAAAAAAGGCUAAGACAGCCGCAACCAAGUCGGAAUAAUUUGUAAGCGCUUAAUAAAUUUCUAAAAACCA